CCCAGUGCAGUGACACUGCUUGUAAUAGUCACUGCUAGUUAACCUGGCCCUGAAAUCUGCUUUACAAACACUUUAUAUUCCCCCCAGCUUCUUGCAUUACGCUAAUUUUGAGUGUGUGAGUGUCAUGCUGACAAACUCUUCCAGAGGGCAACGUGUCCCGCAGAGCUCUUGGAGGAAUUUCCCCCGUGCCCCUCUGUCUGUGCUGCUCAGCUCUCAGCUCUGAACUGGCAAAGGAUAAUCUCCAGGGUAUUCUAUAUAAAGAAACUGUAGUGCCCAAUAGAGUUCACUUCAUUUCGUAAGGGAUUGUGUAGUCAGCCGUGACAAAUCACCCAGGGACUUUUUCCUGAGAGAAAACAACGCCUUCCAGCUUGUAAAGGAAUCUCAUUCUGAUUUGGCACACAGGAAUGACUGCUCUGUUUGUGUUAGCAGGCUUGUUCCACAGGGAUGGCUUCCUUGUCCUGGAGGGGUUUUUCAGUACAGAGGAGUGUGACAGCAUGAGGAGCCAGAUCCAGGGAAUCAUCGAGGGGAUGGAAGUGCCCCCGCACUGCCGCACAGAGUUCUCCACCAGGGAGGAGGAGCAGCUCCAGGCACAGGUACUGGGAAAGGCAGGGCUGGAGCACUGGAAGGAGGAAGGGAGAAGGCAAAUUGCUGCUCAGGAGUCACUCUGGGGAAACGGUAGCUCGGAUUAUUUCCUAACCAGUGGAGACAAGAUUAGAUUCUUCUUUGAGAAAGGUGUUUUGGACAAAAAAGGGAACUUUCUAAUUCCAAAGGAGAAGUCCAUCAGCAAGAUUGGCCAUGCUCUACAUGCUUAUGAUCCUGUCUUCAAGCAAAUCACCCACUCCUCCAAGGUGCAGGAAUUGGGAAGAAAACUAGGCCUUGAGAGACCAGUAGUUGUGCAAAGCAUGUAUAUCUUCAAGCAACCUGGCAUUGGUGGUGAAGUGACACCUCACCAGGAUGCCACCUUCCUGCACACGGAGCCUCUGGGCAGGAUCCUGGGCUUCUGGAUUGCCCUGGAAGAUGCCACACAGGAGAAUGCCUGCCUGUGGUUCAUCCCUGGCUCUCACACCAAUGGAAUUACCCGGAGGAUGGUUCGUGCACCUUCAGGUGCCUCAACAUGUGUGGAGUUUGUAGGGUCAGAGCCAGCCUAUGAUGACAGUCAGUUCAUCCCUCUGCCCAUAAAGAAAGGUGGACUCAUCCUCAUCCACGGGGAAGUUGUCCAUAAGAGUGAACUGAACAGCUCGGAGUCCUCUCGCCACGCCUUCACCUUCCACGUGAUGGAGGCCAAGGGCACCACCUGGAGCAAGGAGAACUGGCUCCAGCCAACUCCUGAACUGCCUUUUCCAUCGCUCUACACUUGAAGUCAGUGACUGGCUUCUGGAGUCAAUAGCUGAUCAAUAUUCCUGAUUGUUCCUUCAUGUUCCCCUUAAACACCACCUUCCCUUAUGGCAGCUCUCAAGGUUAAUUCAUCCUGGGAACAAGGACCUUUGUCACAGCCCAACACACCUGCAGGAGACAGAACCUCCUGCUGCAGCAGGAGCCCUGUAGUGUGAGAGUAGCCACCCAGUCCUUUCAGUAGGGAAACCUCUUCAGUCUUGAGAACAGACCAGUAAAGACCACUGCACCUUGACUGGGACCAGUUAAGAAGUAUUUCUUCCUGCAGAUUCAGUUUAAGAGCUUAAGUGCAUUUCUUGGCUGUGUUGAUCCCAGCAGGUGAAUGUGUCAUGGGAAGAAGGUUGACUUUCACUCUUAGGUCUCUGCCCUGUUAUUGGAGCAACAGUGAUUUAAAACAGCCCUGUUGUGGGCAAAACAAAGCAGGAACUCUGCUUUUUAUAAUCAAUCUUCUAAGUAUUCCCAGCAAACUGUGGUUGAGUGUUUGAUCUCUGGGCAUGUUGAUUAAAAAUAUGACAGUUCUUAAAGAUUUAUGUUGAAAUGGUGGGAGCAAAGAACCUCAAUCCACCCCCUUGCAUUUAAUAAAAGAAUAGACAUUCUCCUUUUCA